CUAAUUUCUGUUCAAAGCGUCGUUAAGGACGUCCUACAAUUUUGACGAAGAGUUUUUGCUUGUAAUAUCAAUAUUUUAUGAAAUCAUUUACUAAACAAGAUAAGUUUUUAUAACUAAAAAAAUAAUUAUAUCGAAAUAUAGGACACUACCAGGAUAUUCGAUAUCUUUUCAUAAAUAUUUUACAAAGCGUUUUUGACAUUCUUAAAUGGAGGAGAGACAAGCAGAAAAUGUAAUUCCUGUAGACUUAGAAAGUACUAGUGAAGUUAUAGCUAGCUUAGAAAUGCUCAGUGUCGGUACUAAGUGCCCAUCACCUACAGAGACUAAGAGGAUACUUAGAAAAAGAAUACCUAAACUUGUUUCUACAGAAGUUUCUAAUCGAAGAUGUAGCCUCAGACCAAAAAAGCGGAUGUUAAACCGAAGCAGUUUAGAAGAAAACAUUAAGGAAUACUAUUUAGAUAAAAACAUAAAAAGAAAACCAAAUAAUCUUGAGACAAUUUAUGAAGAGAAUGAUGACACAAGUGGCAAUUCAAAAUAUAUGAGUGCAAAAAGAUUCAAGAGAAUGUUACUGUUCAAAACUGAACCUACUGCUUCUAAGUUAAGAAAAAGACACGCAAAAGCACAGAAGGUUUUUGGAUCUAAAGUUACAAAAAGUUACAACAAAAGGCGUGUUUCAAUGCAGUCUAUUUUAGAUAAAUUAGAUGGUAUUAAAACCAAUUUAUCAAGAGAAAUGGAUAUCAAAUGAUAUAAUAAGUUUCUUUAUAUUGUGUAUAAAUACAAUGACAGGCUUCAAGACUUCUGGACUUUUAAAGAAGUUGAUACAUUAUAUUCUUCAGGUUUAUCUGAAUUGCUUACUUCUAUCAAUCUAUUACAAUGGUAUAAAAGAUAUUACAUAAAUAUAAGGCAUAUUUCUUUAAAAUUAUAUGAUAUGAAAUAUUAGUUAUUUGCAAACAUUUGAAUAGAUUUCUAUAUUCU